CACACUAUCGCAGCUAUGCCCGAAGCCAAGAAGCCAGAGACUGUCCCAGGAGGGCAGUCCGAGCUGACCGGACUAUUUGUAGAGAGGCCAGAGAGCACUACAGUAAUCAAAGGGAAGAACGUCACCUUUGUGGCUAAAGUGGACUCAUCUGACCUGCUGAGGAAGCCCAACAUGAAAUGGCUGAAAGGGAAGUGGCUGGACCUGGGCAGCAAGGCUGGCAAGCACCUGCAGUUUAAAGAGGCCUAUGACAGGAACUCCAAGGUCUACACAUAUGAGAUGAGCAUCAUCAAAGUAGUUGAAGGAGACGCAGGUGGCUACCGUUGUGAGGUCACCUCCAAAGACAAGUGUGACAGCUGUACAUUUGAAGUCACAGUGGAAGCCGUACAAGAGGAGCAGCCCGCCAACAUCCUGGAUGCCUUCAAGCGAUCAGGCAUAAAAGGCGCCAAAAAAGGGGGAGAUGCAGGAGAGGAUGCAGGUGACCUGGACUUCAGUGCCCUCCUCAAAAAAAGGGAAAAAAAGGCGAGGGACGAGCCCAAAGAGGAUGUGGAUGUGUGGGAGAUCCUGAAGGAUGCUAAGCCAUGUGACUAUGAGAAGAUUGCCUUUGACUACGGCAUCACAGACCUCAGGGGCCUGCUCAAGAGACUGAAGAAGAUGAAGAAGGUGGAACCCAAGAAGAGUGACGCCUUCCUGAAGAAGCUAGAGCAAUGUUACUCUGUGGACAAGGGCAAGAGGACCCAGAUGCAUGUUGAGCUCCAUGACCCCAACGUUCAGGUCAAAUGGCUGAAGAACGGAGUGGAGAUCAAACCCUCUGCCAAGUAUGUGUUUGAGUGCGUGGGCAACAAACGGACACUCACCAUCAACAAGAGCAACCUGUCUGACGAUGCAGCCUAUGAGUGUGUGGUGGGAGAGGAGAAGAGCUUCACUGAAGUCUUUGUCAAAGAGCCCCCGGUCACCAUCACCAAGCUGCUGGACGAUGUGCAUGUAGUGGUGGGAGAGAAGGUGGAGUUUGAGUGUGAGGUGUCAGAGGAAGGAGCCAACGUCAAAUGGAUGAAAGAUGGAGUUGAGCUGACCAAGGAUGGGAAGUACAGGAUAAAGAAGGAUGGGAAGAAACACACUCUGGUCAUCAAUGAAGCAUCCAUAGAGGACAUCGGAAUGUACUAUGUUUACACUAACGGGGGAGAAUCCAAAGGAGAACUGGAAGUGGAAGCCAAGGAGCUGGAGGUUCUGCAGAGUAUAGCUGACCUGUCGGUGAAGGCGUGUGAACAGGCCAUGUUCAAGUGUGAGGUGUCUGAUGAGAAGGUGGUGGGCAAGUGGUUCAAGGACGGUGUGGAGGUCAAACCCGGCAACCGCAUCAAGAUGUCACACAUCGGAAGGAUCCACAAGCUGACGAUUGAUGACGUGAAGCCGCAGGACGAAGGAAACUACACCUUUGUCCCUGAAGGAUACGCACUCUCCCUCUCCGCUAAACUCAACUUCAUUGAAAUCAAGAUCGAAUAUGUUCCACGCCAAGACCCUCCCAAAAUCCACCUGGACACUAGUAGCACGGGCAGCAAGAACACCAUUGUUGUGGUGGCUGGCAACAAGCUCCGCCUUGAUGUGGAGAUCACAGGAGAGCCUGUCCCCACUGUGUGCUGGAUGAAAGGAGACACUGUGAUAUCGGAGGCGGAGGGCAGAGUGAGGGUGGAAACCAGGACCACUCUGAGCAGCUUUGUCAUUGAGGGGGCGGAGAGGCCAGACGAAGGCCAGUACUCCAUCAUAGUGACCAACCCAGCCGGAGAGGACAGGGCUGAGCUCAUCAUCAAGAUUGUUGAUGUGCCUAACCCUCCAGAGAACGUCAGAUGUAUGGGAGUUGGCGAGGACACAGCCACCAUUACAUGGGAUCCCCCCAAAUUUGACGGGGGAGCGCCCAUCAAAGGCUACCUGAUGGAGAGGAAGAAGCAGGGUUCCUCCAGGUGGACCAAGCUGAACUUUGAGGUGUUUGAGUCAACCACGUACGAGGCUAAGAAGAUGAUUGAGGGUGUUUUUUAUGAGAUGAGAGUGUUUGCUGUCAACGGGAUCGGGAUCUCCCAGCCCAGCGGCAACUCAAAGCCCUUCAUGCCCAUAGCCCCUACCAGUGAGCCCACUCGUCUGACGGUGGAGGAUGUAACAGACAGCACCUGUGCCCUGAAGUGGCGUCCUCCAGAGAGGGUUGGAGCAGGGGGCGUUGACGGGUACAUAAUCGAGUGGUGCAAAGAAGGAGAGGAUAACUGGGUGGAAGCCAAUAAGGAGCCGGUGGACAAGAACACGUACCGUGUGAAGGGGCUGCCAACAGGAGAGAAGCUCUUGUUCAGAGUGGUGGCUAUGAACAUCGCUGGACGCAGCCCCCCCUGCACCAUGAAACAGUCUGUCAUCAUCAGAGAGAUCAUGGAGUACCCAAAGAUCCGCCUGCCUCGCCAGCUAAGGACCAAGUUCAUCAGGAAAGUGGGCGAGAAGAUCAACCUGGUCAUCCCCUUCCAGGGGAAGCCUCGCCCCGUGGUCAACUGGCUGAAAGAUGGUGAGCCCCUGGAGAAUAAGUCGGUGGGCAUCCGCACCAGUGACUUUGACACCAUCCUGUUCAUCCGCUCGGCAGAAAGGGACCACUCUGGGACGUACACCCUGUCUGUCCAGAUAGACAACAUGCAGGACAAGGCUGACAUACACAUCCAGAUCGUAGACAAGCCAGGUCCUCCUAUAAAUGUGAUGGUAACAGAUGUGUGGGGCUUCAAUGCUGCUCUGGAGUGGAAGCCCCCCAAAGACACAGGCAACACUGAUAUCACCGGCUACACCAUCCAGAAGGCUGACAAGAAGACCCAGGGUUGGUUCACAGUGUACGAGCACAACCGCCGGCCCAACUGCACAGCGUCUGACCUGGUCAUGGGGAACGAGUACUCCUUCCGUGUGUUCAGUGAGAACAUCUGUGGCUUGAGCGAGGAGGUGGCCUUCAGCAAGAACACUGCCAUCAUAGGCAAAACAGAUCUGGAGUACAACAAACCAGCCUUCAAAGAGAAGGACAUGAGCAGCUCCCCCAAGUUUACAGCUCCCCUAGUGGACAGGGUUGUUGUUGCAGGCUACAGUACUGCCAUCAGCUGUGCUGUCCGGGCCUACCCUAAGGCUAAGAUAGUGUGGAUGAAGAACAAGAUGAUCAUUGGGGAGGAUCCUAAAUUCUUGAUGCAGAACAACCAGGGGGUGUUGACCCUGAACAUCAGGAAGCCCGGCCAGUUUGACGGGGGCAAGUACUCCUGUAAGGCCAUCAACGACCUGGGAGAGGACGAGGUGGAGUGCAGGCUGGAAGUCCGAGUCUUAAAGGAGAAGAAAGAAGGAGACGAGGAGAAGAAAUGAGUUACAGUGACCGAUAGAAACCAGAGGAUACAGUUCUGCAGGAAUCAUAAUGGAUUAUGUAUAACAGGAUAGACGUGAAUAAAUAUGAUUAGAAUGAAAAUCUGGUGAUGUUUUCUAAAUAUGCUCUCUCUAUCUCCCCCUUUCUCUCUUUCUCCCUCUCUCUAUCCCUCUCUCUCUCUUUCUUCCUCUCUAUCUCCCCCUUUCUCUCUUUCUCCCUCUCUCUCUCCCUCCCUCUCUUUCUUCCUCCCUCUCUCUCUCUCUCUCUCUCUUUCUUCCUCUCUCUAUCCCUCUCUCUUUCUCCCUCUCUCUCUCUUUCUUCCUCUCUCUAUCCCUCUCUCUUUCUCUCUUUCUUCCUCCCUCUCUCUCUCUCUCUCUCUCUCUUCCUCUCUCUAUCCCUCUCUCUCUCUUUCUUCCUCUCUCUAUCCCCCUCUCUCUCUCGCUCUCUCUUUCUUCCUCUCUCUAUCCCUAUCUCUCUCUUUCUUCCUCUCUAUCCCUAUCUCUCUCUUUCUCCUUCUCUCUAUCUCCCUCUCUCUCUUUCUUCCUCUCUCUAUCCCUCUCUCUAUCUUUCUUCCUCUCUCUAUCCAUAUCUCUCUCUUUCUUCCUCUCUCUAUCCCUAUCUCUCUCUUUCUCCUUCUCUCUAUCUCCCUCUCUCUUUCUUUAUUCCUCUCUCUAUCCCUCUCGUUCUCACAUCCUCACCAGUGGCAUGUCAAAUACCAUAUCGGUAAUAACUGAAUGAAUUAUGAUAAUAACAGACCACUACAUUGAGACAAGCUAAUUGAGAGUAGUAAUAUAGUACCUUAAUAAUGGCUGAAUAUUACAGCUCAGAGAUGGAUUCUUCUUAUCUGUGACAUGAACCUGUCAGUGCAACACACAUAAAACAGUCAUUUACCAAA